CUCAGUUUGGCUCUAUUGCGAGCUUCAAACAAGGUGACCCCUCCAAUAUGGCGGCGACGCCGGGUAACGCACCAGCAUGUAAUAUGGCGUCUGUAUAUUAUCUAUGCCGUCUACGCCAUCUGUUGUCGACUACCGCUGAACCAAUCAAAAAGCUGUUAGCUGAUCUUCGUCCAAUCAGUAGCCGCCUCGGUCUUUCUGCGUCACAGCCCUCCCUACCUUUGUGCCUUCUGUUAUUUUGGCGGUAGAGCAAGAAACAUGGCGGAAAAUUUGAAAGGUAACCCAGAAAGACUUAUUUAUUUUUAUAUAUAAGACCGUAUUUAUUGCUGUUGUCAACUUCAGUUGAAGUGUGAAUUCCUUGAAAACUUAAGAUACAAACGUGUUAAUUAAUGAGGACUCAUACGCUUGACGGGGUGUUGUGGCUGUUUAUCACUUUGACUCCAGGAGGCGAAGUUUGCACAAAUGAAAUACGUGUGUUUUUAAACGUUGCUGUUUUGUCUUGUAAUUGUCCACUUAUUAGUGAAAAUCAACCUAGUUUUAAAUUUCCUUAAAUAGUUAUUGGUUCGGUUAGCUCGGAUGUUUUUGAGUUAUGCAAUACUUAGUGUGGGAAACUGUCUGUUUCAGUGUGCUCUCGGUUUAGUUCUGCACUGCGGUUGAAAGCGGUCAAUUUAGACUGAAAGUGAGCUCUUCAUGUGACAAAGUGUCUUUUAUUUUGUAACAUGUAUGCCGAAGUAACGGAUGACUUACGAUAAUAAAAAUAAGCGUCAAAGCCUUGUGCUAUUGCUUUGCACAUUUCAACAGUUAGCAAGGGUUGUUUAAAUAGCAUGGUUUCUGGGUGGAGUUUGCUGUGGCCUCAUCUGACACUAACGUAAAGGGUCUCAUCUUUCAGUCUACGUCCGUGUUGGUCUCUUGGCACUUUCGGUGGAAAGUUUUUGGUGCCUCUGCCAUGAGAAGUGCUACAAAAUUAUGAUUUAUUGUAACUAUUAUUUGUUAGGCUGCAGUGUGCCCUGCAAGCUGCCCUGGAAUGAGCUGGAAGCCCCCUGUCGGUCUGCGGGGCUCCACUGCGAAGACCUGGGGGUGAACAAAGCUAAUGUCAAUGAGUUUGAAGUGGAAUUCCUGUGUGACUACAAGAAGACGAAGGUAAGAAAUCAGUGCCAAACAUGCAUUUUAAGUUUUUACUCAUGUCACUAGCUUCCCUCGUCUGCUAUAGCAUAUGUCAAAUGUUAAGAAGUAUGCAUUUAUUCACCUUUAUACUGCUAUUAUUUCUAUUGAGAAAAUCCUUCUACAGCCAAAUAAGCUUAUGGUAACCCAUGUAAAGUUUCUAUUGUAUUGUUGCAUCAUCAACAUCAGUAUAAUUUAGCACUCAUGCCAUGUCAAUAUCUCUCCUUUUUGCUUUUGCUAAAGCCUCCUCCCUUUCUUAUCUGGUGCCCCUUCUUUGCUCUGUUGUGUUAUGACAACGUAUGACAUCACACCUAAAGUUAAGAGGCCUCAUGCAUGAGAUCUAAAUAAAAAGUAUGAAAGUGCAAAAAUAAUUCAAAUUGUUUUUUGGAAAAACAAAAACAAACCAAAAAAUCACAUUAAUUACACUAGUAAGAAAGAAACAAAGGUCAUUUUGUCUUAUAAGCGUCAAUUAACUAAAGCAAAUGAAGCAAGGCUUCAGUUGUAGCCAAUAGACCUACAUGAGCCAUGCAUUUGUGCAGGCGCUGAGAGGUACGUAGAUGCAUUUGCCCUUUUUGCUUUUAUAAGUAUAAAUACACAUCAAUGUAAAGAUAAAAAAUCAGAAUAAAUAGAAAAUAAAACAGUUUUCAGAGAGAGGCUUUCAGAGAGCAGAACUAAUCUUGAAAAUGAUUCAUGUAAUAAUCAAAGAUUGUCACAAGAUAGUCGUGUCCCCUGGUCUCAAGAUAAAAACAGACUCAAUGAAGAAACAAAGAAGUUAAAGAUUAUUAUUAAGUUUGACAUAUAUUGCAAGAAAAACCUCAGCUUGUAAAGAUGGAUUGGUGUUAUGUCUACAUAAGCAACAGAGAUGAUUGAAUUUGGCUAAUAUGCUCUCUAGUUUGAUGCCCACAUAAAUGUUUCUUAUAAGAUAAAUGUUAUUUUCUGCGCAAGGGAUACAGCCCCAUAACAAAGUCCAGCAAAAUGCAGUUUUCAUAAGAUGUUAAACUCUUAUGAGUGCCUGAAAAUUUUUGUCUACCUCAUUCCCAUACUGUUUUCUUCAGACUGAUAUUAGUCAGAUAUUUCUCAAAACAUCUGAGAUUUUGCCGAUUUGGUCAUACUGUUGCGUCACUUCCUGAUUAUUUUUAGUCACGUUGGUCAGCUACUGAUAAAAAUGAUUGCAGCAGACAUAUUUUAUCAUUAUUUUGAGGAAAUUUUUUUUUGCUGUGCCUUUUAAUCUCUGUAACAUUGAUCAUUUUAAAUGUCAGUUUGAAAAACAUCUAUAAAACAUGAAGGUAGUUUGACUUCUGAGGUUUUAAAGCCACUAGUAUAGUUUGGAUCUGUCACCUGCUUUCAUUGUGGAUUGACAGACUGAGGAAAAAAAAUGCUGAUAAGCUAUUCAGUUAAAAAAAUGGAGGCGUGACUCAGAUAGAAUUCAUAAAAUAAUGAAUAACUAUAUAACAUCCAAAAGAAACAGUCCAACUCAGUGUAAUCAAGUCUGUGAUGCUGCAAAUUGUUGAACUAAUUCAUGGCUUUGAAAAUCUUUAGGUGCAAGUAAACAAAAAAGCUUUUGUAUGUAUGUGAAAGAAUUACUCACCUGUGCCUAACUGAAGUUGUUGCGUGUUUAAGGAGGAGAAGGAGUUCUACUUUGUGAAGUGGAGGGGCUUCCCAGAGUCAGACAACACAUGGGAACCGAAGAAGAACCUCAAAUGCGCCAAACUGAUAAAACAGUUCCACCUGGAUCUUGAGAAGGAGCUUAAGCGCCACAACAGACGCAGCAUUCCUAACAAGCUGGAUGAGGAAGUUUCCCGGUUCCUUGUCCAGAAAGCUAAAGCGCGUCAGUGCUUGCAGCGCUGGGAAGCCCAAUUGAACCAGACCCGCAACAGCCCAGGUCGAAUUUUUGUGAUUAAUGAUGUAGACUUUGAGGGCCCUCCAAAAAACUUCACCUACAUCAACAACUACCAAGUAGGCCAGGGCAUCGUGCUGGAUGAGAUGGCAGUGGGCUGUGACUGUAAGAACUGCUUUGAGGAUCCAGUGAACGGCUGCUGCCCUGGAGCCUCGCUGCAUCGGAUGGCCUACAAUGAAAAGGGGCAGCUGCGGAUCCGAGCUGGGAAGCCGAUAUACGAAUGUAACUCUCGGUGUAGCUGUGGCCCUGAUUGUCCAAAUAGAGUAGUGCAGAGGGGGAUCCAGUUCGACAUGUGCAUCUUUAAGACAGAAAAUGGGCGAGGAUGGGGCGUCCGCACGCUGCAGCACAUCAGGAAGAACACCUUUGUCAUGGAAUAUGUGGGAGAGGUAAAACCUGAUUUUCAAUAAUCAUCAGUGAAAGCAUUCCAACCCUUAAUUUUAAUUUUGAAGACUCGAUGCAACUAUGUGAUCAGAGAGAUCAUCUGAUCUGGAACUGGCACAGGGCAGAUCAACACUCUGGUAUUACAAUUAAAGCUCCUGUGAGGUUUUUUUUUGAGCUUUAUAAAAUACACAAGAAUUCAUACUGGUGCCUUUGUAUAGCAUACAAAAGCAAACAAGACCAUUGGUGACAAGGUUGAGAGUUUUGAAUUGUAGUUUUUAAUACUUAAUACGAGUAUGGGGUGGGGGGUUGUCAGCUAAGCAUCUGGAGAAACUGCACUGUUUUUACAAUGUCCGCAUAAAAUGUUUGCAGUAAAUGAUUUAUAUAGCUGUCAAAGUCAGCAUGGUGACCGCUUUUGUCAGAAGACAGUACGCAAUUAUAUAGAGGACUACAUAAGCAAAGACUGCUUUGUCCACAGGGGGCGCCAGACUAGAAGCUUUUCAUUUAAGGUACUAAAUAAGGGUUUUGUAAAGCAUCAAACACUUGAGGUUACUGUCAAAGGAAACGUUUCCUUAAAAGAUAAACACAUUUUAAGGAGAGGUAUUUUCAUACACUUGAUUUUCAUUGAUUAAACAUUAAGUUUUUUUUUUUUUUUUUGGUAGUUGAAUUCAGGAAUGUUUAGAUGAGGUUGAUUUUAAUCACUUAACAUUGAUGCCAUAUAUAAACCUGAAAAUGUAUAAAAAUGAGAUUGGCACUUAGUCUUUCUCUCAUGUCACUCCCUGUUCUCUGUCCUAUUUCCUCCUCCAUCCACUGCCCUGUCUUAUGAUGGUAAAAAAAAUAAUAUAGAAAACUAAAGUAUGAGAUAAAAGAGAACAACUCCAGAAUUGUUUUGUUUUUUUGUGACAUUAAAGUACAAAGGUGAAGGGUAGCAUACCAUAGGUAUUAAGAUUAUGAAGCUCUCUAUAUCACAAACGCUUGGUUUAAGUUUUCCUUUGUAAAAACUAUCAGAUUUUUCUGACAGUUUGCUUACUGAAAUCCCAGAGGUGUUAGUGCGAGUAAUAUCCUGAUGUGUUUCUUUCAGAUCAUCACAACAGACGAAGCAGAGAGGAGAGGUCAUGUAUACGACCGCCAAGGCUCUACCUACCUGUUUGACCUGGACUAUGUGGAGGAUGUUUACACAGUAGAUGCAGCUCAUCAAGGAAACAUCUCCCACUUUGUCAACCACAGCGUGAGUGUCUUUCUCAUGAACAUGUCAUAUAAAGGAAAAGGUUGAGUAUUGAGUAUUAAGAUGUGUAUUUUCUUCGUCUGAGCAUAUACCCUUGAAAGGUGCCUUUUAUUUUGUUUGAUAUCUUUAAAUUUUGAGUGUGCAUGCAAAGCCUCUGACACCUGUUCCAUUGUUUUUGCAGUGUAACCCCAACCUGCAGGUAUUUAACGUGUUUAUUGACAACAUUGAUGAGAGGCUUCCCAGAAUCGCUCUGUUUUCAACACGAGCCAUUCGGGCAGGAGAGGAACUCACCUUUGACUACAAGAUGCAGAGUAAGUGUCAUCAGUUGAGCAGAUAAAACUCCUUUCGGAUAAAACAUAAACCAGAGAAAGCAUGGUCAUGUAGGAAAGCCGAAAAAACAUCUGCAGGAAUGGACAUGAUAUUUGAGGUCCACCUUCUGCCUUACCUUCUAUUUAUGGGCUGAAUAUAAUCUGUUGAAAAUGCAUUUGACUUUGUUUUAAAAUAGGUGGACUUUAAGUCAUAUAUAUGCACAAUAGGCCUGCUAAUGCUUUAGUCAUUUUGAUGUAUUCUAUAGGUUACAUCAUGUUCGGUAUCCUGUUAACAGUCAUUUGUAUUCUGGCGUUUUACAUUUUUUAACGGUUGAUAAAAGCUGACUUCUUCAGAGAUCCCUCAUCACCUUCUCCUGUUGGUUUUUCCAGUUGAUCCUGUGGACACAGAAAGCACCAAAAUGGACUCGAGUUUCAGUCUAGCUGGGCUCCCCAGCUCUCCCAAAAAGAGGAUUCGAGUGGAGUGUCGGUGUGGCUCGGACUCUUGUCGAAAGUACCUGUUUUGACGAGAGACUGCCGGGAACAAAACACACUGUUAUCUGUAAAAAUGUGCAACUUUGUACAGGUUUGUCAACAGAUUUUUAUUUUUUAUGAACUCUGAAGCUGAAAGUGUCCUUCAUCUUAUAUCUGUAAACAAAAUAAGCUUGCCUAUCUUGAAAACCUCAAUCCAAAGUCAAAGAAGUGUCAAAUGAACGCAGAAACUUUAGGUUUGCAGAGAAACUGCAGACUCCGCCAGCAGAUUGUUUUAUUGCUUCAUUCUUUUGUUUUAAGAUGUUUCUCUGUCCCUUUUUAAAUGACAAUUGUUCACAAAAACUCUGAGCCUAACUUUCUCCAAUGAAAUGCAGUAAGAAUUUAAAAACAGUGCCAUGUUGUAUUUUGCUGUAACAGAAAAUAAGGGUUUUGGUAACUCACUUGUUUGAGAUCCAAUAAUCAAUGUUCUCUGCAUCAGAAUGCUUUUUAUUCAGUACCAGUUUAUUGGAGUUUCUUUUUGAUUUUUAAAUAUUUAAGAGUUAUAAGAGUUUGUUCCAAGUCUUCCUCAAAUGUCAACACAAGAAGAUAAAGUUCUCCCUCUUAUUGCAUAAUGAUCUUUUUCCAUGAUCUUGAAAGUCUACUUACAAAUGCACAUUUGUGCAGCUUAUCAGAUCAAGUCUGAGACAAUGUCAGGUAGGUUUGUGUAAAAAAUAUUGCUUGUUUUACAAUUUUUUAUUACAAAAAAAGGUUCUGAAAUUUUUAAAGUUUUUGGAUUAUGAAUCACACUGAUGUUAACACAGAUGUCUCUAUAAGUUUCAAGAGCAAAGGCCAGUCAACGCGAAAUCUUCUAUUUUUUUACAUGCACAAAAGACAAUGUGAGUGGCAUGUUCAAUACCUAAAAGAAUAGUAUGUAUAUUUUUAGUAGUUGUUUUUUGUUUUACAGAGGCUAUCUAGCACAUAGUACAGCCACACAUCUCUCAAAUACAUCAAUGACUAUGCAAUAAACUUGAGCCUGCAAACACUCUGCAGUUACACUCAUCUCAGACAACACUGCUGCUCAUUUUUCUCACUAUUUAGUCUCACUGUUGUAGAGUUUUGUUAAAAGCUCAGUUCAACUUGAGAACGACUCAAAGUUAUUUUUCUACUUUAUUUCCACUCAACCAGAGAUAUAAACUUUCAUAUUUUAAUAAGAAACCCAUGAGAAAUACAUUUGCAUGGUCAAAGAUCACUUUAUUUGGUGGAUGUUUGACAAAAAGGACCGUCACCUCUUUUCAUUUAUGUCUGUACAAUGCCUGUGAUGUGCUCAGAAGAUAUUUUGUAUAUAUUUAAAUAUUUUAGUUUUAUAGAGCAUCUGAGGGUGAGUUUAUUAUAGGCUGAAAACAAAACAAUGUAAAUAAAUUCUUAAAAUAAAAAAA